CGAAAGUUAAGUGAAAGAGCGGAGAAGGAAAACAGGGCCGUCAGAACAGGAAAACAGAGCGCUUCUCAGUCUGGUAUUUUUCUGAUGUUCCUCACUGCAAAAUCUGCUUAAACUGCGUUAAAAACAAUGAGUCGACUUCAGGAGGAAGUGGAGUUGGAAAAAUGUGUCCGGCGACUGAGAGAGAUGUUUCACGGGAAGCUUCCGAUCGACAAAUCGGUGUUGCUCAUGCGCCGAUACAGGAACAACUACCAGCUGGUAGCGAAGGUGAUCGUCCUGAUGAAAGACCAAGACCUGGACGAAGAAGACAAAUGGUCUCUGGAAAACGAUCAGGUCGUAAAGAAUGUGGUCGAGAAACUGCAGAAUGAGGAAAAAGAAAAGGAGACAAGAAACGACAGACCAUCAGGAGCCAGUAAUGAUGCUAGGAGCUCUAAGCAACCCAAAGCAAACAAAGUGCCCCGGGAUGACAAAGACAUACAGGAACUUGGGAAAAAACUCCGGGUCCUGCCUCUGACCGAGAAGAAUAAGCGCAUGUUUGAUCGGGCUCAGCAGAACCAAAUGCCCUCAGUCGAGCACCAGUUUGCUUGUGAGAUGUGUGACAAGAGCUGGUGGAGGAAAGUCCCAGAGAGAAAGAGGGUGUCUCGUUGUCGGCUGUGCAGACAGAAAUACGAACCUGUGCCGGCAGACAAAAUGUGGGGCAUUGCAGAGUUCAUGUGCCCUUACUGUACUCGAUCUUUCAAAGGGUUUGGUCGAAUGGACCUGGGCUCUCCGUGUUAUAUCUGUCGCUCCAUUGUUAUGCCAACGCGCAUCCUGCCUCCACGCAAGAACCUGAUAAACCGAGGGUUAAGGAGAAGGCACCAGCACAGCUGCCUGGCAGAGGACUGCUAUAACAGACAGGAGCCUCACGUUCCUGAUACAGAGUGUGUGCACCCGGUCAGCAGGAUGAGGAACGGUAAGCCGCAGGUGUUGAACCCAAGCCACCUCCACAUCAGCAGUGGCUCCACAGUGAACACGUGCCUGAGUCAGGGCAGUCUGUUAGAGGAUUUGUACGACAUCAUCCUGGAUGACAUUCAUGAGGAGAGCGAGAACGACAAUAACGACUCGGACAGCAGCACCAGCAGCUGAAGUGUGUAUCCACAGCUCAGAUCCAUGGCCUUCAAACACUGGGACAAAGACAACUGAUUAUUAUAAAACGUGUGAAUGUAAAAUGUGGCCCUGUGCAGAGAUCUUUAUUCCAAACAACCAGUGACUUAUUUGGCAUUUUCAGGAAUUUUAAAGGUGUAUUUUGAAACUCAAUAUUGAAUAAUUAAUAUAUCAAUUCAGUAAUUAAUAUGCUUGUCCAUCCUGGGCAAUUCUGUUAAAGAAAUAUUAGCAAGUGUAUUUUUCAACCAAAAAAAUAUGCACUCAAUCAUUGCUAAGAUAAAAAAAAAAAAAAAGAUAAAAAAAAAAAGUGAACAAGGAUGUCAAUUCUUUCCUUGGGCCUGCUUUUUUUUUCAGCAGGUUUUUAUUUUAACCAAGCAGGAGCCACAUCCGAUAAGCCAUUUAAAAUGAAGAUCUAAAUAGGGGGAAUCUGGUGUGGCUUGGCUGAAAUGAAAACCCCCCACCCACACCAGACCUUAAUGAAAAAGAAAGGACACCGCUGUCUAAGUCAUAAAUAAAGGCUAACUCAUGAUUUUGGUAAAUACAGCUUACAAAACAAAAUAUGCAGUUUACUUCUUUACUGUUGUUCAUGUAUCAAUUACCACCUUCAAUCACUUCCUGCUUUUGUACGUUAUUGAGUUUUUAGUGUGUGAGGAUGAGUUUUCACCAUGUACUUACGUAACGCUGUUCGGAAAUGCUUUGCUGCAAAUGUUUAUAUAUGGAACAGAGGUUUUAAAUGUUUCGUACGAUGAAGCGUCAUUUCUACCUUUUAUGAAGUUCACACAAGUCUUAUACUGUUUUCUUAAGAAAGUAUUAAGCAGUGAAUAUGUUGCUACAAUUUACCUGCUGGAAAUUGUACUAUAGUAUAUGCAAGCAAUUCUUGUUUUCUACAUUUGCUGUUAAUUUAAAAUACAAUGUACCAGCUGAAGCAAAAAAUAAUAAUAAUCUGUGAAAUCUG